AUGGCAUAGGCGUUGGCAGCAGAAAAUUACGAAUUCAAGGCUGCUCCUGAAGUAGUGAAACCGAAGACCAAAUACAGACCAUAAGUAAUUUAGCAAUCAGACGAUCAAAAGGAUAGGUUUAGAUUCAAAUUUAUAUUAAGUUCAUUACUUGGAUGCAACAUUAUGUUUGACAAGAGAGUUAUAAGGGGGAAUACUUAUGCAAGUGUAUAAACACAAGGCGAUAAGAAAUUAAUGACUUUGAAAUCAUUCAAAAAGCCUACCUAAAAAGCGUAGGCUCCUCAAGCAUAAACCACUUAUCUACAUCCUCAAACACCCAGACCAUUUUAGAAUCGUGUGAAUAUUGACAUACAAACUGAUGAGUAUCUUGAAAUCCUAACUGAUAAACCACCUGAACAAGAAAUGGAUGCUUAAACAGACUAUUAUAUUGAUAAGCCUCCUGAUCGAUUAUUUGUACCAAAAAAAAAUGGAAUUGAUAAGGAAACUUAAAUAUGGGAAGGUGAUCUAUUCGAUUUUGACCAAGAAGUAGAACCCAUUCUAUAGGUUUUGAUGAAUAAGAUCUUGGAAUAAUCAAGAAUGGAAGUUCUGGAGGAGGAAGAAAUCAAAUUGAUGAAAUUAUAAUAAAAGCAACAUGAAAAAUAAAAGGCAGAUGUCUUUUCAAACAUGCAAAGAUUAGAAGCUGUAUAAUAAAGAUUAGAUUAAGAAGAAGCAAGGAGAAAACUAUAAUAUGAAACAUUUCUCAAAAUCUAAAAACAGAGUCAUUAGAAAAUUAUCUGCAGAACUUUGUCAAAAUCUCUGAUUGGUCCUCUAAAGUAAAAUACCUUCAAGAAACUCUAAGAUUUAGGAGUGUAUAGAGAUCCUUUAGAAACUGCCUUAUUAUCUGAAUAUCUACCUUGGAUGUAUUCAAAUAUAUUGACUGAUUUAAUCGAUGAGGAUGGAAACAAGAGCAGUUUCAAUAAUAUGUUAUUUGAUGUUGAAGAUUCACUUACAAAUGCACAUGCUAACUCAAUUCUUAGAAGAAAACAAUUCAUAGAAAAUCAUUAUGAAGAAAUCGCCAGGAAGAAGAGAGAAAAAGAGGAAAUGAAGAGACAGGAAGAAGAAAGAAGAUUGAAGGAAAUUGAAGACUAAAGAUUGGCCGAAGAAGAGUAGGCUCGUUAAUUGGAACAGUAGGCCUUAGAACAACAAGAAAAUUAAUAACAGGUCUAAUAAUGA